UCCGCGGGCGGGAGCCUCGCGGCGCCCCCGGCGGAGCCUUCUGGAAGCCGCCGGGCCGGGGGAGGAGCGGCCGCACGGGCCGGCGCUCGGGGGCGGGAGCGAAGGAGGGAGCGUGUACCCAGCGGGGCCGAGCGGGGCGGCGGCGGGUGACGUGAGGGUGGAGGAGGGAAGACAGACACGCGGUGGGAAAGUGUGCGCGGCGCUUCUCUCCGGAGCGCCUUCGGAAAGGUUUCGGCCCCCCGCACCUUCCCAGCGAAGUGGGACUGCCCUGCCCUGCCCUGUAACUGGUGCGGGCCGAGCAUUAGGCUGGGUGGCUCACUGGCGGGUGGGGGGGUGUGCCGGGUGUCGCUGUGUCCCAGGGAAAAGCUCCUCCGCAGAGGAGGAGCCGUGGCUCCAGGACGUGUUCCCGGGGCCGCAGGUCCCACCCUGGAGCUGCUGCCCGCCCGCCUGUGCGGGGCCGGGGGUUUGUGUGGGAACCGCGUUCCUGCCCCCUCGUGCCUCAGCCUUCCAGCAGCUGUGGCGUUUCCUUGGGAUCGGCUGAAGUGUAGGGUGGUUUUUCUCAUCUCUUACGCCGUAGCUCUUUGCUACAAGACACAAAUUUGUCUCAAAUGGGCGAAAACACUGUCUGUCCGUCCGCAGGCGCGAUGUCCCGGGCUCCCGAUGUAGCGGAGGAGGCGCCGCAGGAGGAGGGCGCGGGCGGCUCCCGGAGGAGCGGCUGGGGGCUGCUGGUCACGGCCGGUGUGGGCGGCACCUUGGUGGCCCUCUAUGCUGUGGCCACCCCCUUCGUGACCCCGGCCCUGAGGAAGGUGUGCUUGCCCUUCGUUCCUGCCACCGCCGCUCAGAUCCGCAACGUGCUGAAAAUGUUGGAAAACAGAAGCGGCUCCCUGGUUGACAUCGGUAGCGGGGAUGGCCGCAUUGUGAUAGCAGCUGCAAAAAAGGGAUUCCAGGCUGUUGGUUAUGAAUUGAAUCCCUGGCUAGUCUGGUACUCCAGAUAUCGUGCCUGGAGAGAUGGAGUACAUCAGAACACCAAAUUUUAUAUUUCAGACUUAUGGAAGGUUUCUUUUUCCCAUUAUAGAAAUGUUGUUGUUUUUGGAGUACCUCAAAUGAUGCCACAGCUGGAGAAGAAGCUGGAAGAAGAACUUGAAUGUAAUGCCAGAAUAAUUGCCUGUCGCUUUCCUUUCCCUUGCUGGAUUCCAGAUCAUACUACUGGAGAGGGAAUAGACACUGUGUGGGCCUAUGAUUUGAAACAUUCUAGAGGAUGUGAAACAAAAAGCUUGGAAAUUACACCAGAGACAGAAUCUUAAACAUUGAGUUUGGUUUUGGACAGACAUUUUUAGCUUUGACUGAACCUGUUGAAGAAAAGAUUAACGAGGAGAGAGCCCUGGCAUAUGAAGAUGUGUAUUCACUAUAAGAACUGAAGUACAGUGGCUGUCUGAAAGCACACAAAGAUUACUGAAAGGUAGUUAAAUGGCUUAAUAUGAUGUCCUGGUUUUACUCCAUCUAGCAGUGGAGUACCACAAAAAUGUUCACUUCCCCAGUGCAAUGGGAAAGAGAACUGAAAAAAAGGUCGUACCCAUAACCUUGGGUGGAGAUAGGAAUAGUUUAAUAAUUGAAAUAAAUGUACUACUAAUAACAACAGCAACAACAAGAGAGGAGUAAAAUCCAAGAAAGAUGAGUGAUGCACAAUACCCUUGCUCACCACCCACUGAUGGAUGCCCACCCCAUCCCAGAGCAGUGACUGCCAGCUCUCCCCAGUUUAUAUACUGGACAUGAUGUUCUAUGGUGUGGAAUAUCCCUUUGGCCAGUUCUGCUCAGCUGUCCUGGCCAUGCUUCCUCCUGGCUUCUUGCACACCUCCUAGUUGGCAGAACAUGAGAAACUAAAAAGUCCUUGGCUUGGAGUAAGCCCUGCUCAGCAUCAACUAAAACCAUCAGUGUAUUAUCAGAUUUGUCUUUUCUAAAUCCAAACCACAGUGCUAAUAGGAAGAAAAUCAACUCCCAGCUGAAAGCAGAAUAUGUUGUUAGUCAAAAUUAUGAAAAAGUUUUUAUAGAAGAGGAAAACUUCAAUAUGGAAAGGAGUUUAGAACACCAUUCACUACAAUUAAAGGGAAUAUAUGUAUAAGUUCAACUGCUCAAAUUUGUGAACUUAAUGUAUACGUUCUUUCUGACCCUACAGGGCGUUUGGUAUUGGUGUUGGAAUGAUGUGCAAGUGUCUUCUCAAAUGAGCUGUAUUUCCAAACUGUCUGAAUUUUGUAUGCCAAGUACAUAGUGCUGCAUACGCAAAACUGGUCCAGAUGGAGUAUGAUGAUGACACCAAUGUUUCACAUGACGGCCUUGAAUGUGUACUUCUAAAAGUAUGACAAAAUGGGCAAAUAUAGCAGGUUGUUUUUUCAUUAAUAUAAGUGCUGCCUCUGAUUAUAUUAAUGUUUUUUUAUUUUUA